AUGGGCCUUGCCGUUCGGCAAGGUGAUUUCCGACGACUCAUUCGUGGUGGUGCAAACAAGAUGUCUGAGAGUUCUGAUAAAGAAGGUCCAGACUCCCUUGCCAUUGGUGGGGAUGAUACUGAGAGUGAAGAGAACAGUGAGUAUGUUUGUUCUGAAGAUGAGAGUUCCCAGAUAGAGGGUUUGGUAGAAGGGCUUAUAGAAGCUAGGAUGGUAGUUCAUGAGGGUGAGAUGGUUGGGCCAUCAGUAGAGUCUGGGUCAGAGGCAAUAGGGAGAUGCAGAAGAAGUAUAAAGUGUUAG